AUGGGGAAGGGGUCGGAACGGAGGCGCCGCCACCUCGGGGCCUCUCACCGGUCGCCGACACAGGUGGGAUAUUUUGGCUUGUCCCGUGUGCAUCCAGAGCCCAGACAAUGCGCUAAGGCAGGAGCCAGAUUUUUUUCAAACUUUGUCACUAAACCACUUAUUUUUUUUUGCACAGGUAGAAAAGGAGGCCACAAAGGCCGAGCACGACAGUACACAAGCCCUGAGGAGAUCGAUGCACAGCUGCAAGCAGAGAAACAGAAGGCAAGGGAAGAAGAGGAGCAAGAGGAAGGGGGUGAAGGAGCAACAGGGGACCCCAAAAAAGAGAAGAAAUCCUUAGAUUCCGAUGAGAGUGAUGAAGAUGAUGAUGAUUAUCAGCAAAAGCGCAAAGGAGUGGAAGGGUUGAUAGACAUAGAGAAUCCAAAUCGUGUAAUUCAGACAACCAAAAAAGUAACUCAGCUGGACCUGGAUGGACCCAAGGAACUCUCGCGGCGAGAGCGAGAAGAAAUAGAGAAACAGAAGGCAAAAGAGAGAUACAUGAAAAUGCACCUAGCUGGUAAAACAGAACAAGCGAAGGCAGAUCUCGCCCGACUAGCCAUCAUCCGGAAGCAAAGGGAAGAAGCUGCCAGGAAGAAGGAGGAGGAAAGAAAAGCGAAAGAUGAAGCGGCUAUGGCAGGUAAAAGACUGCAGUCACUAUCCCUUAACAAGUAAGCCCAGGACGUGCAAGAGGAGGAAACGCCAGGGAACUGUGCCUGGUGCCUGCCAGGAACUCUGUUGUGUUGCAUCCCAUCGAUGCCACAUGGGAUGUACCGUGGCAUCGAAGUCACCUUCACCUCCAAGAGACACUGAUGAUGUGUUUGUCUUCAUCCUGGCACAGAUUUCCAUUUCGGGGUUAGGGGCAGCUGCUAUCUUUGGUGCAGAACUGUGCUGAACAGCAAUUCUCUGUAACAGUUUGGAAACCUGAAUGUUUUUGCUGUUUUUAGGGUUAAGAACUCAUAGACAGGGGGCAGGGCGGGAGGG